CCUUCAGUUCUUCAUCUCAUCACCACUCCCUCCACCUCCUCCUCCCCCUCUUGCUCCUUCACCUGGCACACUUUUCACCUGACUUCUUUACACUCUCUCUCAGGUGUCACUCAAUACAUGUGCCCGGGGAGUGAAUGAUGCAGGGAUGCUUUUGUUUCAAGUCCUUUGUCUCCCGUUGGCCUCGCAGUUCCUGACACGAAGAUGAAGAGGAGUCUGGAGGAGGAGGACGAGCCGGACGAGGAGAUGGAGGCCGAGACUGAGGUGGUGGAUUUGGACGAUAAGACGAAGAGCAGAGGCUGGUGGGUGGUGGUUCACGACGCGGACGAAGACCCGAGUUUGCUGGUCAAGACGCAUGGUUACUUAGUCGGCGUGAAUUGGAAUAAGGAGAUCACGGUGUCUUUAAAACUGUACAUCACGAGGAGCACCAGGAAGAGACGAUGUGAAGGGGACCCAAAAUACAGUCUCACGGGAUGCCAAAUGAAGUGCUUCGCCGCGUCCUUUGUCGAGAAACGCGGCUGCAGGCUCCCCUUCAUGCACGUGGACGCGCCUUACUGCCGCGGUGGAGCUGAGAAGACCCUUAAGGAAAUGGUGAUUAUGGGCGGGUGGCGGCAAACUCAAUGUCAGUGUCCACCGCCCUGCGUCCACGCGCUCUACAAUUACCGAGGCGACACCAAUGAUGACCGGUUGGACGGGAGGGGAAGGAUCAAGGUGUUCUUCCUAGACCUCAUGUACGAGCAGGUGACCGAGAACCUAAGCUACCCAUUCCCUUCACUCGUGGCUGACUUCGGGGGUUUGACAGGCCUGCUACUCGGUGCCUCGCUGCUGACCCUGUUGGAGCUCCUGGAAUGCCUGGUUGUGGGACUGGCAAGGCUCUACAGACGACAGCGGAAGAGACGACAAGUGAACCAGUUAAACCAGACACAUCAGCGCUUAAUCGGGUCUCUCUACGGGGUUUCUAGGGACGAGAAGUUGCCUGGGACGGUGUAUGUGGUUCCCUCUGGCCAUGUUAAGGUUACAGAGUCUUUCCACCGUUGAUAAAUGAUGCAAAUUCCCGCUGAUGUAUUUGUUAACAUGUGGCUCCAUCGGAAACUGAACACAGCGAAUCCGUCCUGUGUGACGCGUGGCCGCUCGUAAAGUGUAACGAGGGGUGUUUAAAACGCAGUGUGGUGUGUGUUGUGUGUGAUGCUGGGCGCUGCGGAUGUGUGGAUAAUGAUGUGUGAUGUGGUGCUUUGUAUAUGUUUGUUGUGUGUGUGUGUGUGUGUGUGUGUGUGUGUGUGUGUGUGUGUGUGUGUGUGUGUUUUGUCUUUUUACAGUGAAGGAAGCAGUUCAAAGGCAAAUAUAAAUGAG